AUGAACGAUGGCCCAGAUCUGCUUUUCGGCAUCGAUCUUGGUAUGAGCUGUACCGGCGUUUCUUACCUCAACAGAACUAGAGGCAACAACAUUGUCCAAAUUUUCAAAGAUUGGGGCGGUUACAGGGUUGAGGACAAGGCGCCCACCCGUCUUAAGUACGUUGACAACAAAGGAAAGCCUUCGAGCUGGGGCUUCAAAUGCGAGAACGACCACUAUGGCGAGGUUCAAGAAUGGUUCAAGACAGAUUUUGGAGUAGGCCCGAGAGAUUCAGACAGGCAGGUUGAGGUACGGCGACUGUAUACUGAUUACUUGGAAUGUCUGUACGAGCAGCUCCGAAGCGAGUUCCCGCCAGCUGUGCUGAACGGAAAGCAUUGGGACAGGACAUCCAUUCGCUUUUAUUUCAGUGUCCCUGCAACCUGGGACACCGCCAUUGUGGAUGAAUUCUGCGUCCUUGCCAGGAGAGCAGGUUUCGGCAGUCAGCCCGGGUUUGAUGUGAAAGCAACUCUUACCGAGCCGCAUGCCGUGGCAGCCUACACCCUCUCCUGCGAGGGCUUCAUUGAAGACCUCUGUUUUCUAAACAUUGACGACGCCUUGAAGGGAAAGAUUUCAAUGAGAAUCCAAUGCGGGUCGACAUUCAUCGACAGCGGAUUCAUGGAGCUCGCCAAAGCACGAUUACAGCCACUAGCGCAUAUACUCAGUAGCUCGAUUGAAGACGUGGCCUGGCAAAUGAUGAGAGGCAUUGACUUCCAGAGCAACAAGAAGGAGCUCGGGUCAGGCCGUUGGGGUGAUGAGGACACAUUCCGGAUCAAAAUACCGAACAUGCCACACUCCAUCUCUGAGGCGUCACUGAGAGUCAAGGACGGAGACAUGCAAUUUGCUUGGUCGGAGUUAAGACAGAUCUUUGACACGCAAGUUGUUCAAAUGACCCGGAUGUUGGACAGCAUGAUGGAGCAUCAGGGGCUUCGAGCCUCGCCGCGCUACAGCCAAGUCAACCAUGUCAUACUCUCGGGUGGGCUAGGGAGCUCCAAAUACGUCCAGAAAGAAAUAUUCGGUCACAUUUCAAAAUCUAAGGGUGACACCAUCAACGAUAGCAAAAGCAUUCGGUACCCUUUCAGCGUGGAGUUUGGACUUGAGCUGGAUCCAUCUCAUCGCAGAGCUCAAGUCCCAAUCAUGACUUCGCUGCGUAAUCCAGUUCCGGACUUCAACGAGCUUGAGGUUGUCCGCUUGCACACCACGCUCGACGCAGAUCUUUCCCAAGUAGGUCGCGGAAGCAUCGUGAAAAAGAACACGAUCUGGAGUCGGGGCAACAGGAACCCCAUUGUGAAAGUGCGCUUCUUGAUCGAGGCCGUUGUCGGAAUUGCAGAUGUGAAGUUCAGAUGUCUCGACGCCGAAACUGGCAAACAGAUCAGCGCUGAUGCUGCUUUGCCGUUCCAAAUGGAGGAACGUGCUGUGCCCAUGCCUGCGAGCUUCCUGGUACGGGAAGAUACGGAUGAAUGA